GCUAGCCAACGUCACAACAAAAUCCCGGAAGUGUCAGUCUGAAAACAGACCCGUCGCCGUUAGCUAGCUGAGUGUUUCAAAAUCUAUUUGCUAAAUCGUCGCAUUUUAAACAGUUCAUACAAACUAAAUACUCCUAUUUAUCUUUUAGAAAAUGGGAACCAGAGAUGAUGAAUACGAUUAUCUGUUUAAAGUGGUUCUGAUAGGAGACUCGGGUGUUGGCAAGAGCAACCUGCUCUCUCGUUUCACCCGGAAUGAGUUUAACCUGGAAAGUAAGAGCACCAUUGGAGUGGAGUUUGCCACCCGCAGUAUCCAGGUGGAUGGGAAAACGGUGAAGGCUCAGAUCUGGGAUACGGCAGGACAGGAGCGCUACCGGGCUAUCACCUCGGCGUACUACAGAGGCGCGGUGGGGGCCCUGCUGGUCUAUGACAUCGCCAAGCACCUGACCUAUGAAAAUGUGGAGCGGUGGCUGAAAGAACUGAGAGACCAUGCGGACACCAACAUCGUCAUCAUGCUGGUUGGCAACAAGAGUGACCUGCGUCACCUCCGGGCCGUGCCCACCGACGAGGCUCGGGCCUUCGCAGAGAAAAACGGUUUGUCUUUCCUUGAGACGUCAGCCCUGGAUUCCACCAACGUUGAAACGGCUUUCCAGACCAUUCUGACAGAAAUCUAUCGUAUCGUCUCUCAGAAGCAGAUGUCAGAGCGUCAGGAGAGCGACAUGUCUCCUAGCAACAAUGUGGUCAACAUCCAGGUGCAGCCCACUGAGAACAAACCAAAGAUGCAGUGCUGUCAGAACAUCUAGCCCCGCCCAUGUUACCACUACACCUCUACCCCCUUAUAUACCCUGUACCCCCACCUCUACCCCCUUAUAUACCCUGUACCCCCACCUCUACCCCCUUAUAUACCCUGUACCCUCACCUCUACCCCCUUAUAUACCCUGUACCCCCACCUCUACCCCCUCAUAUACCCUGUACCCCACCUCUACUCCUCAUAUACACCCAUCUUGUUUUAGCUCGCCCGGUGCCCCGGUUGGGUGGAGAUCCCACUUUAGAACCAAUUAAAUGGUCUCUCAAAUGUGUGAGUUUGGCCCACCCGGCUCUCAGGGUGAGGUUAACCAGAUGCACUCACUUACUCAGUCUCAUAGGAGUAGUGCCCUCCUCCAUUCUCUCCUCUCUCUCCCCACUCCCUCUCUCCUCCUCUCCCUCCACUCCCACUCCCUCCACUCCCACUCCCUCUCCUCUCCCCACUCCCUCUCUCCUCCCCUCCCUCUCUCCUCCCUCCCUCCCUC